AUGCCCGGACAAAUAAAUGAAGAGCCGGUUUCAGAACCACCCUCCCACCACAUAGAAGUAGUCGAAGGAGAGUCACAUCCCGAGCGGGGAGAUGGUCAACAGCCCAGUCCCGGUUUGAGGGAUAGCAAAGGCUGGGAUGGCAAAUUACGAAUUGAUCGGAACGCUCUCAUCCAGAAUCCCGAAGCUUUAUCAGAUCCCGACUAUUCUGAUGAGGACCACGUAGUCCCGGGCGAAGAGAUCAGCGCCGAUGAAGAUCUUCUCGAUGACGAGGAUCCCGAUACAGACGACGUCAGUCUAGUCCAUUCACGAGUCUCUUCUAUCCCCGCCCUUCGAUUAGAGCGUUUCAAGAAGGCUGUCCGGCUAUGUUUACGGCAGAAUCUCAUCCAACACAUUGAGGGGCUAUCUGAAUUAGGCCUCACCUUGGAGGAACUCGACCUCUACGAUAAUCUUAUUGCUCAUAUCAGGGGCUUAGACAGCCUAACUAAACUUACCACUCUCGACCUGAGCUUCAAUAAAAUCAAGCAUAUCAAGCAUAUCGAGCACUUGACCGAGCUUACCGAUCUCUUCUUCGUCUCCAAUAAGAUCAGCACAAUUGAUGGCCUAUCAACCCUGACAAAACUCCGACAACUCGAGCUAGGAUCUAAUAGGAUAAGAGAAAUCAAGAACCUUGAUGCGUUGAAGAAUCUGGAAGAGCUCUGGUUAGCGAAGAACAAAAUUACCGAGCUCAAAGGCCUUGCCGGCCUACCCAAAUUAAGGCUCUUAAGUAUUCAGUCCAAUCGGAUUACGGAUCUUUCACCUCUACGCGAAGUUCCCCAGCUAGAAGAACUGUACAUCUCGCACAAUGCUCUUGAGAGCCUAGUUGGCUUGGACGGGAACCCUAAUCUGUCGAUUGUCGAUAUUUCGAAUAACAUGGUUAAGAGCCUAGAGGGAGUUGGUAAUCUGAAGAACAUUGAAGAGUUAUGGGCAAGCCAUAACCAGCUAUCCGACUUCGCAGACAUUGAGCGGGAGUUGGCCAACAAGGAGAAUUUGACAACCGUAUACUUUGAGGGAAAUCCAGUACAGCUGAAACAACCCGCGCUAUAUCGGAACAAAGUACGGCUGGCCCUUCCACAAGUACAGCAGAUCGAUGCUACCUUCGUAAAAUCUGUUUAA